AUGUCAUCUACUUUUGACAGCCACCAAUCCUCCCAUCUCCUGAUCUCCUUCACCCACUUCCUCACCGUUUCUAUCCACAACAUCAUCUUCUAUCGGUCUUUAUACCCACAGGCCACCUUCCUCUCAACCCGGGCCUACAACCUUACCGUCCACCAGUCGCGCCACCCAGCCGUCUGCACCUGGAUCCAAGAUGCCGUCGAUGCCGUUCGAGCACAGCUUGUCCUCGGAUCCGUGAGUCGCAUCGUGGUGGUGAUCCACGCCCGGGAUUCCAAAGUGUUGGAAAGAUGGAUGAUCGACGUUGCACAAUUCCCGGCAUUUAGGGGCUUCAAGGAACCUAAGGAGUCGAGGAAAGACGAGGACGACGACGGAGUAGGUGCGCCGGAACGGGCCAUGCUUGAUGACGACGUAGAAGCGGGCGAGCCCGCGAGAGGAGCUCGGGUCAAUUGGACAGACGUGGAUGAGGCAUUCCGGGGUGCCGUGCGAAGAAUGGCAUUCGCCGCCGAAAAGAUGGACAGCUUGCCAGAUGGCUGUACCUUUACGGUAGCGGUAGAGCUAAGGGGUGAAGGAGAUGCUCCCAUCGGAUACCCACAGCAUUGGAUUCCUUCUGAGCGCAAUCUACAACCACAAUCGAAGGACAGGCUACAGCCGGGCAGAGAUGUUGGUGGUCAGAAGACUACUCCCAUCAGAUCUGUUGAGGCCGGGCCCUUGUUCUUUGAGUGCUGGGUCGAGGAAGGAAAAGCCACAGACGGAUUGCCAACCUCAAAGACAUCGUCGACCUGA